CCUGAUCCCCAGUCAGGCUACGAGCGGAAUCCGGCGAUGGACGCAACGACGGAGAAGGACACGGCCCCUCUGACGGCGGGUACAGUAGUGGAGGAGAGCAUGGUGGUGGGGAUGGUGAUGCAGGAACCAGUGCAUUCGGCGGAGAGGAAGCCGAAGACGAAGGUGAUGGUGGCGGUGGACGAGAGCGAAGGGAGUUUCUACGCGCUGAGGUGGACGCUGGACCACCAGGUCGGGAGGAGUAGCCCCGCUCCGGCGGCAGACGACGACGAGGAGGUGGAGAUGAUCACGCUCGUUCACGUUCAGCAGCCUUUUCAUCACUAUGCCGUCCCCGCCGGCCCUGCAGGAACAGCGAUGUAUGCAACAUCGGCGGCAGCGGAAUCGGUGAGGAAAGCCCAAGAGGAGAACACGGCCAUCAUAAUGUCCCGUGCUUUGCACAUGUGCAAAGAAUCGAUGGUUAAGGCAGAGACCGUGAUUCUGAUCGGGGACCCGAAGGACAUGAUCUGCCAGGCAACGGAGCAAAUGCAUGUGGAUCUCCUCGUCGUGGGCAGCCGCGGACUCGGCAAGAUCAAAAGGGCAUUGUUAGGGAGUGUGAGCGACUACUGCGCACAUCACGCGAAAUGCCCAAUCCUGAUUGUGAAGCCCCCAAAAGAAGCGAGCAAGCCAUGAGGAAGGGAUCGACGAGAGAGAUCAGGCGGUGGUCGAUGUGCUGAAAAAUUAAGAAUGUAAAUUAUAGAAUGGGUGUAAUAAAUGCGUACUUGUUUCUUGGCAA